AUGGUGAGGGGAAAAACAGAGAUGAGAAGGAUAGAAAAUGCAACAAGUAGACAAGUAACGUUUUCAAAGAGAAGAAAUGGUUUGCUGAAGAAAGCUUUUGAACUUUCUGUACUUUGUGAAGCUGAAGUUGCUCUGAUAGUCUUUUCACCAAGAGGAAAACUCUAUGAAUUCUCCAGCAGCUCUUCCAGUAUGCAAAAGACAAUCGUGCGGUACCAGAAGUAUAAUAAAGAUGUACAGGUCAAUUACAACAGCAACAACAAAGCAAUAGAAGAACGAAAUUCACAGCAAUUGAAAUAUGAAGCUGCAAACCUCGAAAAGAAGAUUGGGAAUCUCGAAGCCUCUAAAAGGAAGCUAAUGGGAGAAGGCUUAGAAUCUUGCUCCAUUGACGAAUUGCAGACAACUGAGAAUCAGUUGGAGAAGAGCCUACUUAGUAUCAGGGCAAAAAAGAAUCAGUUAUAUAGGGAAAAGAUUGAGCAAUUAAAACUAAAGGAAAAGCAGCUAUUAGAAGAGAAUGAAGUUUUAUGCGAGAAGUGUGGGCCUCGACAAUGGGAACAACAGAACCAACAGAGAGAAAUAACACCUUAUGAAACUAGUCCUGAUUCUUAUGAGGUGGAAACUGAGCUACAAAUCGGCAGGCCUGAAAGAAGGUGAUGUUGUACAACUCCACAUCCUCCUAAUUGCUAUCAUUAUGAUUGUAUUUUGGCCUGUUAAACGAGGUAAUGCAAGUUGAUACCUCGUCAUAGCUAUAUAAACAUAUAAAUCUGUCGUUAUCUUCUGAUGCUAUCAUAUAAUUUUCAGUUAAAUAUGUGCCCUGAUUUUCAAAAUCUUAUGGCCGAUUUCUUAUGUUAAUGUAGUCAGAACUGAUUAUCUGAUAUUGAGGUGUGUAGAACAAACCAGCUUGAGUAUAUGAUUGGUGUAAGAUUUCAGUAUUUAUUUAGAAGAGGAUCAAAUGAAUACCUGUAAAUUCUCUAAA